AUGGACAAAGCUCAUCCACUUAGCACUCUAAUGGUCAUUCGGUCCCUUGGUACUAAGAAAGAUCCAUAUCUUCCAAAAGGGGAUGAUGAAAUGGUCCUUAGUCCAGAAGUAGCAUACCUUAGUGCAAUAGAUACAGCUCCGGCCGCCCCAACAAGCCGACAUUGGAAAGGCAUAAAAAAUAUUUUACAAUAUCUUCGUGGGACAACAAACAUGGGCUUAUUAUAUUCCAGUGAAUGGACCAAUACCCCGAGUUUUGUUGGAUAUGCUGAUGCAGGGUACCUCUUUGAUCAGCAUAAAGGUCGCUCACAAACUAGGUAUGUGUUUAUAUGUGGAGGUACUGCAAUCUCAUGGAGCUCAAUAAAACAAACGUUGGUCGCUACAUCUUCCAAUCACUCAGAAAUACUUGCCCUCCAUGAAGCUAGUCGUGAAUAUGUUUGGUUAAGGUCAGUGAUCCAUUACAUCCAGAGCACAUGUGCCCUAUCGUCAACAAUAGAGACUCCAACCAUCCUGAAUGAAGACAAUGCAACUUGCAUUGCUUAG